GAUGAAGAUAAUGACAAUCACUUGUACUGUAUCUGUCGAAGAACUAGUUUUGGUGAAAUGAUUGGCUGUGAUAAUCCAAAAUGUAAAUAUGAAUGGUUCCACUACAGUUGCGUUGGAUUAACAAGAGCUCCAAGAGGUAGAUGGAACUGUCCUUUAUGCAAAAAUAGAAAAAAACACAAAUGA